GUGAUAUUUAUCCACGAUGUUUCUUCCACUUAUCGAGUACCAAUCCUGUUGGAGGAGCAAGGCAUCAUUAAGUAUUUUAAACAGAGGUUAAAUUUACCUAUUGACGACCAGCCAAGUGAUCUUCUAAUGAAAUGGAAGAAAAUGGCUGACAGAUACGAAAGGUUGCUGAAGGUGUGUUCCAUAGCUCUCGUUGGCAAGUACACAAAAUUAAGUGAUUGCUAUGCAUCUGUUUUCAAGGCUCUGGAACACUCUGCGCUGGCAAUUAAUCACAAACUGGAUUUAAUGUACAUAGAUUCAACAGAACUUGAACGUUCUACAGAAGUGGAGAACUCAGUGAAAUAUCACCAGGCAUGGCACAAACUGUGCAAAGCAGAUGGCAUUCUGGUCCCUGGAGGGUUUGGAAUUAGGGGAACAGAAGGCAAACUCCAAGCCAUCUCUUGGGCAAGAACAAAGAAGAAACCUUUUCUUGGAGUUUGCCUGGGAAUGCAAUUAGCAGUUGUGGAAUUUGCAAGAAACCAUUUGAAUUGGAAAGAUGCAAAUUCUACAGAAUUUGACCCAGACACAAAAAACCCUGUUGUUAUUGACAUGCCAGAACACAAUCCUGGGGAUAUGGGUGGAACCAUGAGACUUGGGAAGAGGAGGACUGUUUUCAAAACACAAAAUUCUGUUUUAAGGAAACUUUAUGGUGAUGAAAUGUUUGUAGAGGAGCGACACAGGCAUCGAUAUGAGGUGAACCCAGAAUUGACUCACUGCUUUGAAGAGAAAGGUUUGAAAUUUGUUGGCCAUGAUACGGAAGGGAACAGAAUGGAAAUUAUUGAACUGGAGAAUCACCCAUAUUUUGUGGGAGUUCAGUUCCACCCAGAGUUUUCCUCAAGGCCUAUGAAACCUUCACCUCCAUACCUUGGACUGUUGCUAGCAGCAACUGGGACACUCAAUGCAUACCUGCAACGUGGAUGUAAAUUGUCUCCAAGUGACAGCUACAGUGACCUCAGCGAUGACAGCUCUCCAGAGAAAGAGUUUCCUAAUUCAGAAACAAACUGAAAUGAUUGUAUGAGAUCACAGAAAUGGAUGAUGCUAUUGAG